AUGAUAUCUAUUUUCUCUAGACAAUCUGAAAACAUGCCAAAAAGUCCCAAAUCUGGCAAGACCACCCCGAAAAGUCCAAAAGCUUCAGCAAAGAAACAGAAAGGUGGAAAAGACAAGCAACCUGAGAAAAAGGAUGAAGCUGAACUCUCUAUGGCUGCUAUAGGCCACCCAGAAAUCUUUCCCUUGGUUUUCACUACAAAAACCCAAGAAAUUUUUAAUUGUCGAGUGGAUGAGGAUGUCACAGAAGAAAACUGUUUCAAGCUUAUUAAAAAAGAUGACAUCAUUCAGGACCUAAAAACAAGAGCUGCUAUUUCAGAUUUCCACCCUAUCAAAAACACUAUCCUAGAAUACCCAGGGGAAGAACUUCUGAUUGUAUUUGAUGCAAAUUUCCAGUAUGGACAGAGCUUUUACCUUGUUGCUUCUGAGGAAGCUAAAGAAAACCUCCUGAAGCCUCCAGAAACUGCAGAAGAAAUGGGCAGUGAAGAAGAAGAGGAAACUCCAGAAGCCUAUAAGCAUCCUGUCUCCAAACCGUGGGUUUCUCUUGGCAGUGAAAAGGAAGUUGAAGAAGAAUCUGUUAAAGAUCGUGUUAAAAAAAUUAAGUACAUGUUUUCGCGAGGACAUGGGAUGUUUGGUGCACCGAUUACAUUUACUGACAGGAAUGCUUCAGAUGUAAAAGACAGUUACAUUGAAUGCACUUCCUACCAAGACAAAACUUUCACUAUUAAAUUGCUUGAAAAAGAUAUGGGGGUACAAAUGGUUCCCAUAUUAAAAGAAGCUAGUACUCAGACAGAAUGGACCUAUCCAAAAAAUGCAACCACACAGUAUUUUCCUAGAGAGCUGUCAAAUGAAGAGAAAGAAGAGAUUCUGUCAUCUGAGAAGCUGAAAGAAUUCUUCACAUCAGUAUGCUUAAGAAUGGAAAUUGCAUUGCAGCAAAAUGAAAUUAUGAAUGCUUUUUCUGAUGACUGGAAAGACCUAGACGAUGACUUGAGCAAGUCAGACAUUUGUUUUAAAGAAUACCAAACAUUCACAGACCUACACCACCUCAAGGACAAAAGCAUUAGCUGUGUUUGUUGGCAUCCAACCAUCUAUGGGAUUAUAGCAGAGUCAGCAGCAAAGCAGCCCUCCAAAAAAGAGAAAACUAAGACACAGCAAGACUCAGUAAUUAUUUUCUGGAGCCUUUUUGACCCAAUCCAGCCUCAGAUAAUAUUAGAGUGUCUUGAAGGUGUUUACUGCUUUCAGUUCAGCCCAAGUGAUCCAAAUAUUAUUGCUGGUGGUUGCUACAGUGGGCAGGUUGUACUGUGGGAUAUUUCUCGAUAUGAAGAAAAACUGCAAAAUGCUAAAAACGUUACCGUUGGAAUGGAAAGGACAAUUGUUAAUAUGAGUAGUGUUUCCCUUCUAAAUCUACUGGAGGACAACGAUAUGUCUGAGCUAUUGUCUAUGGAGGGUAAGGAGAGUGAUAAAGGGCAAAAUUUAGUGAGAUGUUUUGCAUCCUCCUCCGUACACCAUAGCCACGAAAAAAAGAUCACAGAUAUACAUUGGCUGCCGGAUAAUUUUGAGAUCAACCGAAUGGGUGAGACUUUUGAAAACAGAGCUGGAAUUUGUGUGCAGCUUGUAACCUGCUCCCCUGAUAGCUUAAUAUUAUUUUGGGAUGUUCGAGACACCAAACUUCCCACCUAUCCUUCACCUGAGGAUGAGGAAAAUGAUUUCAGUAUGCUCACUGAAGCUUCAAAUGACCCAGGUCUUGUCUGGAAACCUCUCAUGAAGAUCAGCCUGUGUGACAAGGAUGAAGAAAACAAUGUGAAAUGCAGUCCCACCAAAAUCAGUCUAAACGAACAGCAUUAUCGAACCAAAACCACAGAUAAGGAGCAAUCUCCGCACAAACCACAAGCACUCAAAGAAAGACCGUAUGCACAGAUGAGCGUUUCUUUGAAUAAAACACUGAACGCGAUAGAGAGUGUCUCCAACAACUUCUUGGUUGGAACUGAAGAUGGAGAUAUUAUUUAUUCUGACUGGGAAAUGAAGACCAAAAAUGACAUGGAAAAAACAGGUGAGAAAUGCACCGUCCACAAAGAGGCUGUGAACACUGUCCAGAGAUCUCCAUUUUUUAAAGACAUCAUCCUCAGUGUUGGAGGCGGGAAUUUUGCCAUUUGGAAAGAAGGUGUUACAAACGGACCAAUCCUCCAGUCAAACUGCACAUCACAAAGAUACACUGCAGGACACUGGUCCUUAACAAGGCCAGGAGUUUUCUACACUGCCACAGAUGAUGGAAGUAUCUGUAUUUGGGACUUACUGAAGGAAACUCAAAAGCCAUCUCAUAUCCAGAACAUCUCUAAGUUAGCGAUUACUUGCAUCAGCCUCCGUAUCGCCUCACCAAAGCAGCAGUUUGUAGCUGUCUCUGAUGAUUCUGGAGUACUGCAUAUUUUAGAAAUCCAUCGAAAAUUAAUGUACCCUUCCAGCAAUGAGCAGGCCAACAUACUCAGUUACUUUGAGAGAAGGGUCCAAAACCUGAAAAAUCACAAAAAAGACCAAGAGGCUGAAAUUUAAGAGAAUGGAAAAGGAGAUGGAGACAGAGAUGGAGCAAACAGCAGAUAAUUCAGUGUCUGCAGAGACUGAGAUCAUCACUUCAUCUGAAACACGUCUUUUUUCAAACAAAACUUCAGGAAACGUGAUAUUCUUUAGAUUGUGGCACUCCUUAGAUAAAACUGCCAUCAGUUGGCAGAGCCUCACAUUUUUAAGGGCCGUUUGCUUAGAAAACCUGACUGACAGUUUAUUUCUUUAUAAAAUACUUUACAUUUCA